GAAGUAGGGUGUGUGUGCUGAACAAACAGUCAGAACAUGGCCUGUACAACACAGUCUGCCUUAGACUAUGUCAAGCAGGCAAGAGUCCAGCUGGUGGGAGAAUUAAAGAGUCUCUCAGUGAUUGUGGAGAACUUGUAUCAGCGAAAAGUUCUCACUGAUGAAGAGGUCAGCAAGAUACAGGCAGAGACUGAUGACUAUGAUAAAACCAGACAUAUACUGACCUUAGUCAUAAAAAAAGGUGAAGCAGCUUGUUACGAGUUCCUCAGGAUCAUUGACAUGACGAGGGGGAGGACCUUAGGGAGGCCGCCCCUCCCCCCUGAGAAAAAGAGUGGAGCUUCUAGUGAGACCAAGACGUUUGACCUGCACCACUGGAUCAGCUGCUAUCCUUUCAAAGAAGACACACAAAUGGAUAUGAACUAUUUACAAGGUCCAAGGCCGUGCUACAGAUAUCAGGCAAAGCUGAAGAUAAAAGCAGAAAGAAUAUCAAAUGAGUUUUGGAAAGAAAACAAAGAUCUGUUUGAAGGAAGCAACAAGCCUGAUCUGUCAUACACAUCACUUGUAUUAAACACACAAGGAAAUGUCUCUCCGUCUAAAAUAAAGAAAUUGAAGAGCAAGAAAAGCAAGAUGAGUCGCCCUAAAAAGCUAAGGACAUACAUCCCUGAGGACAAACCAGAAAUUUCCCCCAGUGACCUGCUGAAAACAGACAAGAGCACAGUGUUGGUUGGUAAGCCUGGAAUUGGAAAGACGGCACUCACUCAGGAAAUGUUGAAACUCUGGGCAGAACGAGACAGCAAAGAGCUAGAUUACAUGUUUUACUUUGGCAUGAGAGAAACAUCCCAAUUCACCAUCAACAUGAGCUUGGAGGAUCUUCUUUUUAACGUGUUCAGUGAACCGGUAACAGGCAAAGAAGAGGUCUUAGAUGAUAUAAAGAAUAACUCUGAGAAUGUUACCGUCAUUUUUGAUGGAAUCACAGACCUGUCUUCAUCAGUGGUGCGGAGACUUGUAGAGAAAGACCUACUACCUGAUGCAAAAAUCAUCAUAACGUGCAGACCAGAUGACGAGGAGCUCUUCUCUGGGGACUUUCUCAGAGUGGAAGUGAAAGGCUUUAGUGAGCAGUCCAUAAAAACAUACUUAUCUGCAACACUCGGCGAAGAACAGAAGAAGGUUUUGAGCAACUUGGAGUUGUUAAGUCUUUGCCACGUCCCAAUGUAUGCACUGAUGGUGGCUGCCUGCUUUUCUUCAGGAGACUCUCCACAGCCCUGCACUAUAACUGAAGUAUACAUCAAUAUUGUUCGUUUUUGCCUUAAAAUGAACAGCAACAAAACAAAAAAGAGGGAUCUAAAUUCCUUCAUCACCAAUAAGGGGAAGGAAAUACUGUCUUUGGCUCAGGUUGCUUUUGAUGCAACCGAAGGAAAAACUGUGAACUUGACAGACCUGGCCUGUAAAGACAGCUGCGUCCUUUCCUUCCUGAAACCACUUGUUAUCAAAGUCGCCCUUACUGAGAGAGAUACCACAUAUGCAUUUCUCCAUUACACAAUGCAGGAGUUUUUUGCAGCACUGUGGCUCUUGAAGAAUCCAGAGAAAGUGAAGGAUGUUUUUCAGCAAUGCCUGACUGAGGAGAAGAAACACAUGAGACAUCUGAUCCCUUUCAUGUGUAGAUUGUUGAAUGAGAAGAAACCAAGUUUGAUGAAGUGUCUGAUUCCGGCUGAGGAGCUCAAGAAUACACCUAUAUGGUUCUGUAAGGAAGUGAUAACCACAUUUUUUCAAUGUCUGUGUGAGCGAGAUGAGUCUGACACUGAGGACAGUGGGUCUGAUGUGGACAUACUUUUCUUAUGUCAGUGCUUGUAUGAGUCCCAGUGUCCUGAAGCCUGCAUCUACCUUCUGGACAAACUGGACUACUGUCUGGAUCUCAGUGAACAGAGCCUCGAUCCUUACUCUUGCUGUGCUGUGGCCUAUGUGGUCGCUCAGUCAAAGGAGAAGAAAAUACAGCUGAACCUUGAAGACGUCAUGGUAUCAGAACGAGGAAUGAGACGACUGUUUGGAUGCCUUACAAACGUCCAGUGGUGUGACCCGCUUCCACGGCAGAUGUGGAAGAUUUUCCUUCUCAGUGAAGGGCAGAUGGACCAUGUCAGCUUACUUAGCCUUGAUGGAAAUCAGCUGCACCUUCCAGUUGAGGGUAAAAGACAGCUGUUUGAAAGAGCUGUAAAAGUCAUGCAGAAGAUUACUAUGAAGGUUAAUGUCUGCCUGUACUGGGACAGAGUGACUUCUGUCUCUCCAAGUCUGUGUGAGUCCCUCUUAGAGGCUUUGCCCUACAUCAGCUCACUCAGCUUCAGAACAACCUACAGAGGUCUGGGAUUACAGGACCAGGACCAGUGCCAUGGGAAACUGCGGAGGGAAGAAAAGGGGCUGUUGCUGGACCUUUGCCUGAAAGCAGCACUACACAAAGGAGAUAUCUUUCAAAGUGUAGUGAACGUGCUCUUCUCAUUGUUUUCUGUUAACACUGACUUAAAUAACAUUCAUCUUGAUUUUUACCAACAUGUCAAGAGUAAGGGGUGUUCAAGUGUCAAUCAACAGCUGAGGUCGCUUUUCCAGUCAGCUCCUCCAGUCUGGAUCAUAGACCUCUCAAAGAGAAAGACCUCCAUCCUCCUGGAAGUGCUGAAACUCAAAUCAGAGAAGAAACAAGUGGAGCUGACAGACUGGUCAGAUGAAGAGAGUGAAGUGAGGAGUUUCCUGGAGUGUGUGCCUUAUAUCUCACAGCUCAGUUUCUCUCGCUGGUUUGAAGCCUCAGAUGGAGCCGAGAUCUGUGGGAAUCUGUUGUGUGCAGCAGCAGAGAGAGAACAGCAGACAGGAGAGAAGAUACUGGAGAUGUUAUCAUCAGUGUGCAGAUACAACACAUUCCCUCUUAGUGACAGAGACAUGGGGAAUUAUCAUACAUCAUAUCAGUGUGAUUUCCUGCUGGAGCUUUUCUCCCAUGUGAAGGACUAUGAGUCUAAAACAGGCCUGAGUGUCCUUCCAGCAUUACAGUCAUUUUUCCAGUCAGCUGCUCCAGUCUGGAUCAUAGACCUCUCAGAGAGAAAGACCUCCAUCCUCCUGGAAGUGCUGAAACUCCAAUCAGAGAAGAAACAAGUGGAGCUGAGAGGCUGGUCAGAUGAAGAGAGUGAAGUGAGGAGUUUCCUGCAGUGUGUGCCUUAUAUCUCACAGCUCAGUUUCUCUCGCUGGUUUGAAGCCUCAGAUGGAGCCGAGAUCUGUGGGAAUCUGUUGUGUGCAGCAGCAGAGAGAGAACAGCAGACAGGAGAGAAGAUACUGGAGAUGUUAUCAUCAGUGUGCAGAUACAACACAUUCCCUCUUAGUGACAGAGACAUGGGGAAUUAUCAUACAUCAUAUCAGUGUGAUUUCCUGCUGGAGCUUUUCUCCCAUGUGAAGGACUAUGAGUCUAAAACAGGCCUGAGUGUCCUUCCAGCAUUACAGUCAUUUUUCCAGUCAGCUGCUCCAGUCUGGAUCAUAGACCUCUCAGAGAGAAAGACCUCCAUCCUCCUGGAAGUGCUGAAACUCCAAUCAGAGAAGAAACAAGUGGAGCUGAGAGGCUGGUCAGAUGAAGAGAGUGAAGUGAGGAGUUUCCUGCAGUGUGUGCCUUAUAUCUCACAGCUCAGUUUCUCUCCCUGGUCUACAGUCUCAGAUGGAGCCGAGAUCUGUGGGAAUCUGUUGUGUGCAGCAGCAGAGAGAGAACAGCAGACAGGAGAGAAGAUACUGGAGAUGUUAUCAUCAGUGUGCAGAUACAACACAUUCCCUCUUACUGACAGACACAUGGGGAAUUAUGAUACAUCAUAUCAGUUGUAUUUCCUGCAGCAUCUUUUCUCCCAUGUGAAGGACUAUGAGUGUAAAACAGGCCUGAGUGUCCUUCCAGCAUUACAGUCAUUUUUCCAGUCAGCUGCUCCAGUCUGGAUCAUAGACCUCUCAGAGAGAAAGACCUCCAUCCUCCUGGAAGUGCUGAAACUCCAAUCAGAGAAGAAACAAGUGGAGCUGACAGGCUGGUCAGAUGAAGAGAGUGAAGUGAGGAGUUUCCUGCAGUGUGUGCCUUAUAUCUCACAGCUCAGGUAA